UCCAAGGAGAUGGAAGUAGGAAAUUGCUCGAUGGCGACUGAGUUCAUUCUCUCAGGACUGACAGAUCGUCCGGAGCUGCAGGUCCCCCUGUUUGUGUUGUUCCUACUGAUUUAUGUUAUCACCCUGGUAGGGAAUGGGGGGAUGAUCUUGUUAAUCACAACUGAUGCCCGACUCCACACCCCCAUGUACUUUUUCCUUCAGAGUUUGUCUUUCUGUGAUUUCUGCUAUUCCUCCACAAUUGCCCCUGAGAUGCUGCAGAAUUUCUUCACUGAGAGGAAAAGCAUUUCCUACACUGCCUGUGCGCUGCAAAUGUAUUUCUUCAUCUCUUUUGCAGAUACUCAGUGCCUCUUGCUGGCUGUGAUGGCGUAUGACCGUUAUGUGGCCAUCUGUAACCCGCUGCUCUAUACGGUCACCAUGUCCACGCAGCUUUGCAACAGGCUGGUGGCUGGGGUGUGUGUUGUGGGGUUAGUGGAUUCAAUGAUACACACCUGUCUGACAUUCCGGCUGCUGUUCUGCCACUCCAAUGUCAUUAACCAUUUCUUCUGUGAUAUUCCCCCACUGCUGGCGCUCUCCUCCUCUGACACUCAUAUCAAUGAGAUUGUGAUAUUUGCCUUUGAGUGCAUCAUUAAUGUAAAUAGUGCUGUAACAAUACUCCUCUCCUAUGUCUGGAUCAUCUCCACCAUCCUGCAGACCCGCUCUGCCGAGGGCCGGCGCAAAGCCUUCUCCACCUGCGCUUCUCACUUGACUACUGUGGUCAUAUUGUAUGGCACAGACCUAUUUAUGUAUUUCCGACCCUCUUCCAGCUAUUCCAUGGAAACGGACAAAAUAACCUCCGUUUUUUACACGCUGGUUAUCCCCAUGUUGAACCCCCUCAUCUACAGCCUGAGGAACAGGGAGGUGAAGGACGCGCUGAGAAAAAUGGCCCUCUUAAGGAGCCAUUCAUACAUUUGA